ACUUGCUACGCCCACACAGAAAAAAGAAGAAGAACUCAUGUAUUGGACAAGACCCCGGACGUACCAUAGCAGUGUGGUCUUUAAGACUACGUUAAUCUCUCAUGUUUACGUGUGUACUACUUCGUCUAUUGUGUGACAAACUAGAAUUUAUUAAUUCUUCGUGUCAGGAUGAACCCGACUCGUCUAAUUGAAUUUUAAAGCUUCUCAGGCUAGCUUAGCUUAGCUUGCUAGCUAGUUAGCACAGCUUGCUCGCUGCUAAAAAGACACUCAUAGCAGAGUCCUAGUGUGAGUGUAAAGUGUUCUGAUUGUGUCAAAAUGUGUGAAAAAGGUAUAGCAGAGUACGAGGAGGAAGUAUCUCGAACAAAAGCGGAGAAGGAGCGACAACGUCUACUACUGGACGCAGUUUUCCAGAAGCUUCCAGCUGUGUUGCACAGAACAGAUGUUCAGCAGCUAAUUGGACGUCAGAAAGAAAGUCUCCCUGAGUCGCAGGGGGGGAACUACACUUUGGAGGAAGAUCUACAGCACCCAUAUAUCAAAGAGGAAGAGGAAGAUCAACAGCCCCCUUACAUGAAAGAGGAAGAUCAAAAGCCCCAUCAUUUCAAAGAGGAAGAUCAACAUUCCCCCAAUCUUAAAAAGGAAGAGGAGGCUCCUCAGCCCCCCCACAUUAAAGAGGAAAUUGAGGAUCUCCAGGCCCCUCAUGUUAAAGAGGAAGAGGAGCCACACUCUCCCUACAUUAAAGAGGAGGGAGAGUGUCUUCUAGGGCAGGAGGAGGCUGAUCUCACCAAGUUUCCACUGACUGUUGUCUAUGUGAAGACUGAAGACCAUGAAGACAAACCACCUGAGUCCUCACAGCUUCAUCACAGUCCAAACGUCCAGCAGCUGAUUGGUCAUCAAGAAAAACCUCUCUCUCUGUUGCUGGAGGUGUGCUGCCCUUUUAAGCAGGAGGAUCCAAAAUCCCCCAACAUUAAAGAGGAAAAGGAGAAAGUCUGUAUCAAUCAGAAGGAGGUUGAUCUCACCAAUUUUCCACUGACUGUUGACUCUGUGAAGAGUGAAAACCAUGAAGACAAACCACCUGAGUCCUCACAGCUUCAACACAGUCCAAGUGAGGAGAAGAGAAAGGUGGAGCCUCCAAGCAGCAGCUCACCACAACACGUGACAACAGAAGGUGAUGGAGACCACUGUGGAGGAUCACAAGCAGAUAACCUCUUAGCUGCACUAUCAGAUAGUGAGGACUCAACAUCACAGGUUAAUGUAAAUAUGGAAUCACACACCGAGGAAAAAACUUUCAGUUGUUCGAAUUGCAAUACAAUAUUCUCCCAAAAACUUUAUUUGGAAAGACACAUUAGAACCCAUAAAUUAGAAAAACAUUUCAGUUGUUCUGUUUGCGGUAAAAUAUUCUCCCAAAAACGUUACAUGAAAAGACACAUUAGAACCCAUACAUUAGAAAUGCAUUUCAGUUGUUCAGUUUGCGAUAAAAUAUUCUCCCAAAAACGUUAUAUGCAAAUACACAUGUUAACACAUACAGGAGAAAAACCCUUUAGUUGUUCAGUUUGUGCGAAAUGCUUUGUUAAAAACGCUGAUUUGACUCGACACAUGCGAACACACACAGGAGAAAAACCUUUCAUUUGCUCAAACUGCAGCAAAAGGUUUGCUCAAAGGGGAACGAUGCUGUCACACAUGAGAACACACACAGGAGACAAACCUUUCAGUUGUUCAGAUUGCGGUAAAAUAUUCUCCGAAAAACGUUAUCUUAAAAUACACAUGAGAACGCACAUAGUAGAAAAACCUCUCAGUUGUCUAGUGUGUGGUAAAAGAUACACGGAUAAAUGUAAAAUGCAAAGACACAUUAGAACGCACACAGAAGAAAAACCUUUCAGCUGUUCAGUUUGCGAAAAAAAAUUCUCCGAAAAACGUUACAUGAAAGUGCACAUGAGUACACACACAGGAGAAAAACCUUUCAGUUGUUCAGUGUGCGAUAAAAGCUACACUAACAAACGCAACAUGCAAAUACACAUGAGAGCACAUACAGGAAAAUGACUUUCCUUUUUGGAAGUCUUCUUUGAUUGGACUCCUGCUGAGUCAUUAAUGGUCUACUGCAGGGCUUCUCUAAAGUCUGGACUGUGUUCCAGAUCCAAAUUACAAGUCAGUCUGGACCCAGUGGGGUCCCAGCCACCUCACCUUAUGUAAAUAAUAUUAAAGCACUAUCAAGUUUAUUGCAGGUUCUGGUUAAAAGAUAAAUCAAUAAAUUGUUUCUAAUGUUGAAUUCAAUUUUUUUUAAUAUGAUUCACAAGCUACUUUAAAAGGGAACUGCAGUUUUUGGGGGAAUUGUGCAUAUAAUUUGCAAUCUCUGUGUGAGAAGCACACCUGUUUUUCUCUUCUUUUAUGCACUCCAGUUUGUGAAUAAACACGAGCAAGAGUCAGCUGACAAUGGAACCAAUAGGAUUCGCUCUGUUCUGCCUAAAAAGUGCUCUAAAAACCUAUUUCAGCAUGUUAUAUUCUCGCUGUAAGUAUACACGUAAUGUAGUGACAGACACAUUCAUAAUAACAUGUACAUUUGAGGUAUUUUGCUCCUUUUAAGCAUACGGCGGUGUGUUUAACAGAACGCACCACAACGUUUGCUAUUUCCUUCAACAAUAACAAGACUACUGAUCAUGGCAGACUUCAUGAGCACCAACAAUGACUCUUUUGGGACGAAUUAUGAACCAAAACCUUAUUUUUUGGAGCAUGAGUACACAAAUAAUGAAAUACAAGUUGUAUAAGUAAGUAGCAGCAUUGCUAAGUGUUAAGCAUGAAGUACCAACUACGAACAUAAUAAAACAAUCACUCACUGUACAAUGUCUGCUCUCAGUGGGAUACCGACUGAUGGUAUGUUUAUAUCUUCAUGUUUAGAUGAAGAAUUAAUCAUAGUCCUCAUGCAGGUAGAACAGUUUAAAAAAAGUGUGGGGGGGGGGGGAUCCUCUAUUUGUAUCUUUCUUGUGAUCUCCUUGUCUAAGUUGACCAACUUCUUGGUUGAUGGCAACAACAUUUUACUGUAGGCAUGAUUUAUAAUCUACAAUUAACUUUCACCAACUCAGAGGCGAUGCAGCACCUCAGUACGUCAAUAGCUGCAUAAGCUAGUUAGCUAAAUGUGAUCAAGGCACCACUAAAAGUAGCUCUUUGGCGUCAGCGCUAACAACAAUAUCGCAAAUACUUGUUUAAUAUUCGGUCAUGACAUAUAGCUGGGAGUAUUGUUGGCAGUUUUUGAAUGUUUUUGGGAGUGCUAUAUGCCUGCAAUACAGCUGCAGUGUAAUCCACCUCGUACUUGCUGCAUAUUGCAAAUUAUAAUGCAUAAAUAAAGAAAAACUAAGUGUUCUUGUCCUACAUAAGGAUUGUGAAUGCUCGGUAAAAUUCCAAAUAAGUGCAGUUUCCCUUUAAAGAUAACUGUCAUAAUAUUUUCACUUUCAGCAAAUACAUAUAUUUUUUCAUUCCUUCUUGUUUGACUUUUUUGAAUGAGUGAAUUUACUAAGUAAUAACUCUAUGGGAUGUGUGGGGAGGUUCAUUGGGCUAAAUUACUUUUUUUUUUUUUUUAUCAACAAUGUCCUGUUUAGUGUGUGCGUGUCUCAGUAAAGUGUAAUAGUGUGAAAACUAAGUGUAAAAACAGAAAUUAGAAUAUUAAAUGUGUUAUACAUUU